AUGAGCCAAACGUACAUUCUUGCGGCCUUGGCGCUGGAUCACCUAUCCCAGCGUCGGACAUCCGUCAACGCUGCUUGCUCAUAUGUGAUAGCCUCCCAGUCUUCUGACCGAUCUCGCAUCAAGGCAGGUAAUUCGCCGCAUCAUGCAGCAAGCCGAGGGCCACAUCAGGCGUCUAGAUCGGGUCCCCAUCGCGCGGUGGACGAGAGACGUCUCUUGGCACUUGUUAGCAACACUCUGAGCUUUAGAGAGUCGCUGCAAAUCAUCUUGAAUCGCUCAGGAGUGAUGCAGCGCGAGAGCAAGAUGUUCGACUUGGGCGGAAAGCCUGGAGCGUUGGGUGGAGCGCAAGGGUCGGGCAUGCAAGCUCCAGAUGCAAAGAAGCGUAAGCGAAGCGAGCAUGGUGGGGGUCCAUCGGUCACAAAAGCUUGGCCAGCGGCCAGUCACAAGGGCACAGUGCCAAGCUCGAGCGCUUUGGCCCUGGUGAUGCUGUACGAACUCCUGUUGUCGGGUCACAGACCAUCCUGUUCGGCAUCUUGGCCUCCUCGUAAAGCGAUCGAUGCCAACAUGCUCAAGCUCAAGUCGGAGCUGGCGCGACUGAGAGCCCAACGUGGAGCUGCUUCCAUCGAUGAUCUCAGAGAUCAGCUGGAGCUGGAGCAAAAGAGGAGAGCGGGAAGAUGCCCGAGAUGGGUGAGGGUCAACCCGUUCUCUGCGCUCAUCAAGACCCGCAUGAAGAGUAAAGGGGCGGUUGCUCAUUCAUCGCCCAUCGACGCUCUGUGUGAGCUCUUGACGGAGGAAGGCUGGCGAGAAGGUCAUGGUGAGGUGCUCACAAAGGAAGAUGGGUGAGUAUUUGGAUUGACAUUGCGAGUGAUGAGACGCUAUCGACACUGAUCACGUCUCACGUUGCUAACCGACCGUCCCGAGACGCCUGGCAGCAAAUCAUUCUUGCGGUCGCAGAUCUUGCCAGAUGUACUUGGAUUUCAUCCAAGCGCGACCGCUGAGCUAAUCAGCACCGGCUUGUACGAACAACGAGCAGUCAUACUACAGGAUCUAGCGAGCUGCUUCCCCGCCAGCAUUUUGCUAAGCCCGUUGAGGCUAAAUGGAUCAAUGGGCUCCUUGGAUGCCUCAGCGAUCAGUCAUGCACACACUGCAAAGCGCGGCCAGUCAGAUGGAAGGAAUGCCGCGUCGUUUUCAGUGCCACCACUGCAUGUGGUUGAUGCGACAUCUGCGCCGGGCAACAAGACUUCACAUCUUAGCAGCAUUUUGUACUCCAACUUCACCUUGCAGGUACCAGCCGGGACGCAAGCACGCGUGACAGCGUUUGAAGAGGAUAAAGAUCGCUUCGCAACACUUGUGUCGCAGCUUGACAAGGCCGGGUGUCUGGAUGACUCAUAUGGCUUACACGCAACGAGUGGCAAAAGACCAAUGACCGACAGCAGCAUGCCUCCACCAAAGAAGAAGGGCAAAUUUGAUGGUGCCGAUUCGAAGGCGUCGCAACACACUGCAAAAGUCGGAAUCUCUACGCGUGCACCUACCCCAGGACUGGUUUUGCCGAGAUUGGGCGACUUCCUCAAGACUAACCCUGCUGAAGAGGAAUGGAAGGACGUGCGGGGCAUGCUCUUGGAUCCAAGCUGCUCUGGCAGUGGCAUCCUAAGCAGGUCGGAGUACUCAAUGGCCGGCUCGUCGACUAGGGCACAGCAAUCCAGCGAGAAUGGUUUUGGCGUACAAGGGGCAGCUGACGGCACCGGACAAGUCACGAAGUCUGCAAAUGGACGUUUGAGAGGCACUCAGCAGCAUCUUGGACCAUCUCUUGAAGAGGAAGAAGUUGUCACUGAUCAAGCUGCCAAUGGAACCGAGGAAGUCAGGAUAGCUGCUUUGGCCAACUUUCAGCUGUCCAUGAUCAAGCAUGCAAUGAAGUUCCCGGCUCUGGAACGCUUAGUAUAUUCGACCUGUUCCAUUCAUGCUCAAGAGAAUGAAGAGGUGGUCAUGAAGGCUCUCGAUUCUGACGAAGCUGUACAAAAGGGUUGGACUCUGGCGCCCGCAAGUCAAGUCUUGCCGAGCUGGAAGGGAAGAGGUCUUGUUGAGAGCUGCGGUGGAGACAAGGGUGAGUGGUAUCGCGCAGUCUCUUUCCAAAUUCUCCAACCCUCGAUGCUGACCUUGCUGCCUUUCCGUCCCGAUAGAGCUCGCCAAAUCGAUGAUUCGCUGUCGGCCGGGCGGCGACGCUGCGAUAGUUGACAAGCUAGGAAAGGAUGAAGCACACAUGGAAGCCAGUAACGGAUUCUUCGUUGCCCUUUUUGUGCGCCGUAGCUCAGGAUCGCCGACAGCGUCGCAACCGCCCACGGAUAGCACCAUUGACCAAUUGACGCCAGUCGAGGGAUCUUCCAGCUUGACAAAGUCGGCAAAGAAACGGGCGAAAGCCAAACUCAAAGCCAAGGAAGCCAGGCAAUUGCAAGUCACGACGGAUGCAAAAGCUUAUUCCUUGAUACCUGCUCGCAAUCAAUGA